AUGUCAGGUCUCUCUACUGCGGAUGAGAAGAGAAGGGUCUUUGAGCCUGAACAAUCUGGCUCUGCUGAUAAAGCGAGUUCAAGCCGGAAUCCGCCCCAGCCUGGCAUCCCAUCGGACAACCCUCCUCCAUACCACAACUGGCAGGAGGCAGUGCCAGAUACAUCCAUUCUACCACCACCACCAAGUCAGGGUUAUCUAUACUCGAAUACUGGCAAUGCAUCUGCGGAAGAUGCUGAUCGCGCUCAUGAUUUCUGUGAUAACACACCCCUAUGGAUCCCGUGUAAGCCAUCUCCGGCAGUGUACGAUGCCGUCAAGCAUGGCGAUAUCCGGCCAGUCCGCCCUUUGGAAUAUAACGGCGGCCUCGACCUUAUCGGGAACGGGCGCUGGAGGGGUCGUACGUAUGACGGCAACGGAGACUGUAUUAUUCUCAGCGGAUUACCUGUAUAUUUUGCGGCAGAAGACUCGCCGCUGAUGACGGAAAUGACGAAGACGAUAUAUUUCGAGGUGAAGCUCCUCGGGCUAUACGGUGGGACUGCGGAUCAAGUGCCAGGGUUCUCAAUAGGAUUUGCAGCCCAGCCAUACCCAGCAUGGCGAUCGCCCGGCUGGGAGAGAGGCAGUCUAGGCGUUUUCUCUGAUGAUGGGUGUCGGUUUGUGAAUGAUUCCUGGGGCGGACAUGAGUUUACCACUGAGUUUAAUGUUGGAGAGACAGUUGGUCUCGGGAUGACUUUCUCUCUAUCCCCUGAAAUCUCGAAUUCAAACAACCCACCGCAAAUGCCUAUGAGCUCAAAGAGGACGCCAUUGCUGGUUGAAGUAUUCUUCACCCGGAAUGGCCAAAAGGUGGGAAAUUGGAACCUCCACGAGGAGACCGAUGAGGACAGCGGUGGAGUUGGCGGCCUGGAAGGUGAUUAUGACCUCUACGGUGCACUUGGAUUAUUCGGCGGCGUUGAAUUCGAGGCGUGUUUCGACCGGUCAGGCUGGCUAUGGACUCCUCCCUCGUGA